AUGACAGAAGCCGCCCCCAAACCCCACGCAUUCCCUCCAGGGCAGCCAAUCCCAUCCCUUCUUUCACUUUGGACUUUGGAAACCUCCAGCUCUUGAGAGCUGCUCUCCAUUCUGUGCACUGCUCCACACUAAGGCACUGCAUACCCCAGGGGCCGGUCACCAGGAUCCCGAGAGGCCAGGCAGCAGCAUGCAGCUGGACCAGGACACCUCCUGCUCAAAAGUGACUUACGUGAAGGGCAUCCCACUCCUCAAGCAAUUUGCAGAAGCCAUAGAGCCACUGCAGAGCUUCAAGGCCUGGCCCGAUGACGUGCUCAUCAGCACCUACCCCAAGUCUGGCACCACUUGGGUGAGUGAGAUGCUGGACAUGAUCUACCAGGGCGGUGACCUAGAGAAGUGUCACCGAGCCCCUACCUACGUGCGGGUGCCCUUCCUUGAGUUCAAGCACGAAGGGGUCCCUUCAGGGCUUGAGAAUGUGAAACAUGCCCCUGCCCCACGGCUGCUUAAGACACACUUGCCUGUGGCCCUGCUCCCCCAGACUCUGCUGGAUCAGGUCAAGGUUGUCUACGUUGCUCGAAAUGCAAAGGACGUGGCUGUGUCCUAUUAUAACUUCCACCAAAUGGCCAAGGUGCACCCUGAUCCAGGCACCUGGGACAACUUCCUGGAGAACUUUAUGGAUGGGAAAGUGGCCUAUGGGUCUUGGUACCAGCAUGUGCAAGAGUGGUGGGAGCUGAGCCACACCCACCCCGUCCUCUACCUCUUCUAUGAGGACAUGAAGGAGAACCCCAAAAGGGAGCUUCAGAAGAUCCUGGAGUUCCUGGGGCGCUCCCUGCCUGAGGAGACCAUGGAUCUCAUCAUCCAGCACACGUCCUUUGAGGAGAUGGAGAAGAACCCCAUGGCCAACUAUACCACCAUACCCCCUGAUGUCAUGGACCACACAGUGUCCCCCUUCAUGAGGAGAGGCAUGGUGGGAGACUGGAAAAGCACCUUCACUGUGGCCCAGAGUGAGCGCUUUGAUGCCCACUAUGCUGAGAAGAUGGCAGGCUGCAGCCUCCCCUUCCGCUGGCAGCUCUGAGAGCUGAAGGAGGGAACUGUUCCAGGGGGUGUCAGUAGGCCUGACCCUGGCCUCAGGAAUAAAGUGCCAUGUGCUCAGCCAGGCCCCUGUUGCAAGCAAGAGAGAACCUGAGCUAGAGAACAAGUCCCCAAUACAACCCUUUUCCUACGCGGCCCGGUUGUGGGUCUGAGAAAGUGGAAAUCUUGUGUUGCCUUUCCCAUUGUAUGAGCACUACCCCUUCACUUUCUCUUUACUCCUCUCUUGUCACCAUGGGCCUUUGGGCUACACUGAAGGGAGAGGAGCAGCCAUCAGCAUCCGAGCUGUCUUCAGAUAGGAUGAAGUAGUCAUCGGGGCACUGGUUAGGGGCUCAGGCUCUUGCUCAAGCUCUCAGACCCUGAUUGGCAGUUGGUUUAAACACCCUAUGGAGAAACAGAAAGCCAUUGCAAGAGAUGACCUGCUGCAUCUAGCUUUUCCUUCGUACUCCAUAAUGUUCACACAAUGACGAAAUUGCCUAACAAUAUACCAUGUGGGACUGAACCAGGGCGAAAACAUGCUAGGUAAAUGCUCUGUCAGUGUGCUAGAUCCCAGGCCCUACCCUGGCUCUGAUCUUUGCAGUCACCCUCCCCUCACCGGACAUCAGGAUGCAUGCAGCUGUCCUGGCUCUGCUGCUUGUGGGCAAAUGAACCAGCAGGCACUCAUGCCCUGGUCAUCUUGCAAACCACAGGGUCACAGGAGAAAAGGGAUAUGGGACCUCUGUGCCACAAAAGCUUAAAAUGACUACAAGAGCUGGACCCUCGUUUACAGGAGAGAAAACUGAGGCACACUGCAGGAAACGGGUUGGUGAAAGAGGAGAUGCUAAGUGAUGGACAAGGUCACCUUCUUCUAAUUUACAGCCUCCCUCUCACAGGUCCACAGGGCUGCUGUCUCUUGGGACCAUUCCUGUAGGUUUCUCCUGGGCCUGGCCUCUGUGAGGGGACCCUGUGGACCAGGUCUGUCAGGCCUUAUACAGAUGGGAUUGAGGUUGGUAUUGAUACCUAAUUUAUCCCUGUUGUAGGUAACAGGUUGGCAAGGAGUGGGAGUCUUGGUCAUAGCAGGGCUUAGCUCAUAACAUGCAGGCACGGUGAGGAACCACAUUUAGGCCUCUUCCUCUUCCCCUUCACCAAUGUCACAGAAGAAAGCUGCCAUAUGGGGAACUGCAUUGGAAAAACAUAUAGAGGUCCUUAACUGAACACUUACCUCUCACCCCCUAUACAAGCUCUGGUCUCAACAGAAGUCACUUCUUGGCCAGCCUCAGGUGGCCACCUAUUACAUGGAGGAGGAAUCUCAUCACAGUUUAGGGAGUGAGUGGUGGACCUCACCAGAGUUCCCUGUCCUUAAAGAGGCAGUGCUCCUUUUCUGGGUGUCUCUGGCAUGAUGGGAUCAUGGUGCUUCUGGGUCAUCAACAGUUUGCUCAAUCAGUAGCUCUCCUGGAUCAGUAGAAGUGUUAAGAGUUCAGCAAACAAUUUCUGGAACCCAGAAGAGUUGGCCAGUGUGGGAAGCCACCUAUGAUGGCACCCAUUUCCUGCUUCCGGGUUCUUCCCGGCCUGAACAAGCCCGCCAAAUUGUCAUAUCUGCCCAGUUACCCGUGACGCUAGCCUAUCAGCUUGUUAGGCGCGCUUCUCUGUGAUUGGAUACUGCUUCCCCUUAUAAGAGGUUGUUCCUGCCCCCAACGGCGGAAGAGGAAUCAACACCGAGGGUGGCGGACCUUGUCAGGUCCGGUUCGCUGUACGUAAUAAAGUUUGAGAGCUGA